UAAAAUAUGUAAGGGCUUAUUUAGAAGGAGAUAAAGAAGAAGGGGGAAGAAGAUCGGCUAAUUGGCUCUCCCACAGAAGAAGAAGAAGAAGAAGAAGAGAUCGGCGUGAGACCGAGAGAGAGAGAGAGAGGAAACUGAUUUUGGGUGCAGGGAUACUCUCAAAACGCAGCGUUUCAGACUAGUAUUAGUUGAAAGGAGAGGAUGGGAGAGAGGAAGGUGCUAAACAAAUACUACCCGCCGGACUUCGACCCGGCGAAGCUACCGAGGGCACGGCGGCCAAAGAAUGAGCAGAUAAAGGUCCGCAUGAUGCUCCCAAUGAGCAUUCGCUGCAACACUUGUGGCAACUACAUCUACAAGGGCACCAAGUUCAAUUCCCGCAAAGAGGACGUUAUUGGCGACACUUAUUUGGGCAUCCAAAGGUUCCGCUUCUACUUCAAAUGUACCAGAUGCUCUGCUGAACUCACCAUCAAGACCGACCCCCAAAAUUCCGACUACAUUGUCGAGUCUGGUGCUACCAGAAAUUUCGAACCUUGGCGCGAAGAGGAUGAGGUAGCGGAAACAAAUAAACAGCAAAGGGAAGCUGAAGAGAUGGGAGAUGCUAUGAAAUCUUUAGAGAACAGAACCUUGGAUUCCAAAAGAGAGAUGGACAUCAUUGCCGCGCUGGACGAGAUGAAAUCUAUGAGGUCCAGACACGCAACUGUGAGUGUAGAUGCCAUGCUCGAGGCCUUGCAGCGCACGGCUGUGGAAAAGGAGAAAAAGUUGGAAGAAGAGGAUGAAGCACUUAUAAAAUCAAUAUUUCAAAGUUCAAAGCAAGAUUAUGUUCGAAGGAUUCGUGAUGAAGAUCUUGAUGAUGAUGAGGAUAUGAUUCAGCUUUCAAGUGGCAAUGGUAAAGCAUCUGGUCAUGAUUUGAAGAGGAGAAAGAGUUCCGAAGAGCCUCCUGGCAACCCAACAGAUUCUUUGACAAAAGCCACUUUGGUUGACAGCUCCAGCCUGAAAGAAAAUCCAGGUAAAACGGGGGCUCCUGGUGAUGCUAAACUUCUAUUCAAGUCCUCAACCGUUAGGGUUUCUGUUGUUAAGAAACCGGCUUCUAAUGUUAGCAAUUCAGCAAAAUUGGAAGUGAACCACCAAGGGACUCAAACCAAUAAUACACGUCCACUCUCUAAUGGUAACAAUUCAGCAAGCACCGGACUACUCUCUCUCGUCCAAAACUAUGAUAGUGAAGACGAUUAGUGAGUGUUCGUUAAGUGUAUUGUAUGAUAAUCAUUUUCUUUCCCAAUGUAUCAUUUUAAGGAAAUUCAUUUACCUUGUCAGAUUUUUAGUUUCAUGUUAGCAGCUAGAUCCAGUGGUACUCAAACUAGUUAAAGAGAGCUUCCAAUACAAUAAUCUUCUUUUUUUU